CCCAGAAGCCACGCGCACGCGGCGCGCGAGCGCAACCAACUGCUGCCCAGCCCGCCCGCCCUCCCAUCACCGGCCGGUUCGCGCCGUGUCUCCGACGCCACCUCCCUCCCUUGCCCGCCCGGAUCCUCGACGGCGCCGCCCAUGGCGUCCUCCUCGCCGCUGCUCACGGGGGAGCGCCUCGUCGUCUUCCUCUUCGCCGCGCGCGUCGCGCUCGCCGCCCCGGCCCGCCUCGCGGCCCCGCUCGCGCUCCUCGCGGGGGCCGCCCUCGCCGUCGAGCUCGCCGUGGACCGCUCUGCCGCGGCCCCUUCCCCCCCUCUCCGCCGGUUCAGGACAAGGCCAGGUGCUUCAUCAGGCAUUCUUCUUGGCGCAACUACUUUGCCAUGUGUCAUGCUUGCACGGUUAAUCCAGCUUUCGAGGAUCUUACCGACAGACCCUAAUGGAGCACAAGAAUUUGCAUACCUUGAAAUGCAGUAUUGGGCGGUAUCCAUUAGCUGCGUCAGUGUGCUGUCUUUCUUCCUUUGGCAUCUACGUCAGUCUGCCAACAAUGAGAUUUCUAAAACUUCGAAAUAUGGUUCAUUGAUGGUAGUUUUAUAUCUCGUGACAUUCUUGCUGUUCUUCCUACUGAAGACUGAUGGAGGUCUGUUAGCGAUGACCAAAAAUGGGUAUCUGCUCUGCCAUGGCGUGGCUGCUGUGAUCUUGAUCAAGCACAUUCUAGAGAAGUUCCCUUCAUGUUCAUCUUUUGGGGAGGGACUUCUGGUAUCAAGUGGUCUCAUUGUUUACUUUGGUGAUAUUCUGGCUCGUACUCUUUCAAAGAUGGAGUUCUCUACAUCAUCAGGAGCAUUCAUACACACACCUGGAACUCAAAGCGAGAUAGCCACUGUUAUUCAGGGAGUUUUGCUUGGUCUUUUUCUACUUCCCUUGCUGUACAAAAGUUCUCUUCAAGUUUGGGUUUACUGUCGAACAUUGGGCAAGCAACGGACACAAACAAUUGAGAAACGAGCAGAAAAAAGAGCAGGUUCUGCUGUAUUUUAUGUCUCCUUGUUGGUCGUGUUACUGUUCUUAGUGCCGUCAUGGACGCGGCUUGUUCAAGGUCUUGAAGUUCAUCCAUUUGUUUGGGUUCUUAACUACAUGUUCACCAAUUCAGAAGAACGGCUUCUUUUAUGUGCAUACUGGAUAUUUGUCAUAUGUGUAUCAAUUAGAAGGUUCUACAGUAUAUCAAAGCAAAGCAAAACCGAGAGAAUUCUUUUGCGCAAGUAUUAUCAUCUUGUUGCUGUCCUGAUUUUCUCGCCUGCCGUUAUAUUUCAGCCUGCUUUCUUGGACUUGGCAUUUGGUGCAGCAUUUGCUCUUUUCUUAAUACUGGAGAUGAUUCGUGUUUGGGAAGUAUACCCUCUUGGGCAUACCAUACAUCAAUUCAUGAACGCUUUCACUGACCAUCGUGAUUCUGAGAUUCUAAUUAUUAGUCAUUUCUCACUCUUACUGGGCUGUGCACUUCCUAAAUGGAUGUCAUCUGGAUUCAAUGACCGACCCCUAGCCCCUUUUGCUGGAAUUCUCAGCUUAGGGAUAGGUGAUACAAUGGCAUCAAUGAUAGGGUACAAGUACGGUGUCCUAAGAUGGAGCAAGACAGGAAAGAAAACAAUUGAAGGCACGGCAGCAGGCAUAACUUCUGUAUUGGCAGCCUGCUCAAUCUUGGUGACACUCUUGGCUUCAAGCGGAUACAUUCUUUCACAGCACUGGUUGUCACUUUCAUUAGCUGUGACUUUGAGCUUAUUACUGGAGGCAUAUACCACACAGCUGGAUAACGCUUUCAUACCCCUUGUGUUCUAUAGCCUUCUAUGUCUAUAAAUGAAGAGCAACCUGUUGACAUCCAACUGACCUUGAGGUCCUCUUUUUGGUUACUGCUAAUAUAUAUAGUACAGCAAGGCAAUAGCUAGUCAUUUGUUCUCUUUGCCUCCUUGGUGCUCCUUUGUACCACCUCUGAUUAUAAGUGUAGUCCUAGGUUUAAGAAUAUAAGAAAUAGAAUUAGUGAAUACUUCAGUAGAGGACAUUUUUGGUACAGAUGAAGAAGCUCUACGCUAUAAUUGUAAGUUUGUAACAGCUUAUCUUGAAGUGGUUCCAUUCCAUCAA